AUGGCGCCGGACACUCUGGACCUCGCGGGUAAAGUGGCUAUAGUCACUGGUUCCGGCAGAGAAACUGGAAUUGGCGCUUGCAUUGCAGCAACCUUAGCCAAAAAUGGAGCCCUGGUGAUUAUCAACCACGUCUCUGAUGCAAGUUCUUGCCGGGCGGCACAUGUCGUGGAAGCCAUUAGCCGCCAAGGUGGGCGAGCGGCUGUAGUCAAGGCAGAUAUUACCACGCCCGAGGGAGCCAGAGCCUUGGUUGAUGAGACUCUUUCGGUGUUUGGUGUUGACCACAUUGAUAUUCUUGUUAACAAUGCUGCUGCGGGAAUGCCUCAUGGUGCUCUCAAAGCCACAAAGGAGAGCAUGGAUAUAUUGUUCUCCUCCAUCGUCUACGCACCAAUCUUCCUCGUUCAGGCUGCAGUUCCACUUAUGCCCCGUGGAAGCCGGGUGAUUAACAUUGGAUCUAUUGCUUCGAAGCUUGGCAUGGCUCCCGUCGCCAUGUAUGGCGCUGCCAAGGCAGCGGCAGAUGCUUUGACUUACUCCAUGGCUAUGGAGCUGGGUCGCAGUCAUGGAAUCACCAUCAACACCGUGUCGCCAGGCCCUGUUGAUACAGACGCGCUGCCUAGAGAGCAAGCUGAAAGGAUCAACCAGAUGCUCGUACCUUUGACACGAGCAGAGGAGAGAGUUGGCACCACCAAUGAUAUUGCGGAUACAGUGCUUCUUCUGGUCUCGGAGAAGAGUCGAUGGAUCACCGGGCAGGUGAUUUCUGUGAGUGGGGGUAUUACUGGAGGCUAG